CUUAUGAUGGGCUUCAUGCUGCCCACCUGGUUUCUGUCUAUGUGGAUGAGCAACACUGCCACGACAGCUAUGAUGAUCACUCUGGUGGACGCAGUGACGGAUCGUCUUGAGAGCCUUUCCAGGGAGGGUAAGUCAGAUAAUGGCCGGACAGUAGACUGGUUUGGCCGGCGAGUGGGCUGGUCUGGCUGGGAUUUCUACUUUAUCACUGAUUUGGCCAAAGAACAAGAGAUACAAGCAUUUAACUUUCCAUUUUUAACCCUGAAGACCCUUUGA